CCCCGGUGCCGCCGCCGCCCCCGCGCCGCCUAUGGAGGGCGAGGAGUACGAGAGCCUGCCCAGCGGCGCCUCGCUCGGCACCCACAUGAUGGCCGGGGCGGUGGCGGGCAUCAUGGAGCACACCGUCAUGUACCCGGUGGACUCGGUCAAGACGAGGAUGCAGAGCCUGCAGCCGGACCCCAAAGCCCAGUACAGGAGCGUGUACGAAGCUCUGAAGAAGAUUGUCCUGACCGAGGGUUUCUGGAGGCCUUUGCGGGGGAUUAACGUCACCAUGCUGGGGGCUGGCCCUGCCCACGCCAUGUACUUUGCCUGCUAUGAAAAAAUGAAAAAAUCUCUAAGCGAUACUCUCCAGCAUGGAGGAAACAGCCACUUGGCCAAUGGAAUAGCUGGGAGCGUGGCCACGCUGCUCCACGACGCAGUGAUGAACCCCGCUGAAGUGGUGAAGCAGCGGAUGCAGAUGUUCAACUCCCCCUACAAGUCCGUCCUGGCCUGCAUAAGGACAGUGCAGAAGACGGAAGGGUUUGGUGCCUUCUACCGCAGCUACACCACCCAACUCACCAUGAACGUGCCCUUCCAGGCCAUCCACUUCAUCACCUACGAAUUCAUGCAGGAGCAGAUCAACCCCCACCGGGAGUAUAACCCUCGGUCCCACAUCGUCUCGGGGGCCGUCGCGGGGGCCGUGGCCGCCGCCGCCACCACUCCUCUGGACGUCUGCAAGACCUUGCUCAACACCCAAGAGAACAUGGCCUUGAGCUCCGUGAACAUCAGCGGGCAUCUCUCGGGCAUGGUGAACGCCUUCAAGACUGUCUACCAGCUGGGGGGCAUCUCGGGGUAUUUCAGAGGGGUGCAGGCACGCGUCAUUUACCAGAUGCCUUCAACGGCCAUCGCUUGGUCGGUGUAUGAGUUCUUCAAGUACUUUCUCACAAAACGCAAGCUGGAAAAAAGAACAUCUUUGUGAGGGGCUUCAGGGAGAGUGGACACCACCCUCCGUGUCCCCCCCUCCCUGCGUGUCCAUGUGUGCCUGCAAACCAGCCAGCUCCGGGGCUCUGCUAAGGAACGUGCCAGGUUUCUGGUGGAUUCACAGCCAACAUCCACUUCUCCCUCCCCAGGGAAGGAGGGGUUAAAGUGGGCCUCGGCCGCGUGUUUCCCCUCCUUGCUUAAACAGUGAAUGAAAAAAGUUUAUAAAGACUUAUAAUAAUAUAUAUAUUUAAUAACUUUAUUUUGGAGAAGUGAAAUUGCUAACUGGUAUUUUUCUCUCAAUAAGUUUGAAGAUGUAGUUUACUCCUGACCCGAAGGCUUAGGUUAUACAGCCUAGGCUGGGUCUUUUUUACAGCAAAGAAGCAAAAUAUCCUGUCACAGAACUUACUUUUUUAUAUAAAUAUAAAAUAGAUGGAUAAUGUUUAUCCUUUAUUUUUCUAUGUAGGCGUUUGGGUUGUUUUUUAAAUACUAUUGCAGCUAGAUGCUGAGCUGUUUAAAAAGGGCUAAAUUCUUCCAUCCUGUGUAAGGAAGACUCAAAAGCAUUUAUUUUUAUAGCCAGAUUGGCUUUAAUUAUACAGCAUUUAGCCCCCAAAUGGUGGCCUGGAUUCUCGUGUGGGUGUCAAGGUACUUGGUAGCCCCUUGAGACUUGCUGGGGUGGGGAGGGAGAAGGAACUGGGACACUUUGGGGAAACUGUAGGACACCAAGCAGGGGCACCCUAAAAUACCCGGUCACUUUGUGGGGGAGAGGGAGAAACUAUCAAUUAUGUUUUUCUACGAGGAGACUCUUUAAAAAAAAAAAAAAAAGGUAGAUUUUACAGAAUAGUAUUUUUUUUCACAAACACUUUUUUUAAAGGUACAUUUUUAUGGUGUGUGAUAGCUCAACAGUCUUCAUCCUCCUUUAAUUUAUUCUUUCUCACUAAGGCCCUCAUCCCCUUUCCAGGAGCCACCGUGCACAUCUGGAUAGCUGGUGGGAUGGAAGUGGGGGUGACAGAGCCACUCUGCUCCCCUGGGAGGGGGGGGACCUGGAGCUUCUGUUUACAGUUUGGCUACUGAGUGGUGAGGGUCACAUCCCCACAGCACCAAACCAGCAGCGAAAGCCUUGGGAGAAGUCUUCCCUGUGGAACCCAAGCCACCCCCCAGGCCGUGUUUGACAAUAAUCUGCUGCUCAUCUCUGUUGGGGGGGGGAAAAAACCCACCUAAAGAGGUUCCUCGUGCUGUGGGUUUGGUUUUGCUGCUGUGGGAUGCUGAGCUUCGUGGUGGCCAACGAAGCUGUGCCUGCUCGGGAAGGGUGGUGGCCUCGCUCCGUGCCCUGCUCCUCCUGGGAAUAGCUCUUCCAAACCAAAACAUGUCCUUUAGCCAGUUCCUUGGGUGGUCGGUAGCCAGUGAGGGAUUUUAGGAGCCUGGAUGUGUGAGUCUAAGUUACAGGCCACCAACUGGCAAAUCUCCAUCCUCCCUGGAGCUUGCCUUGCCAGCAGCAGCUGUUGUCUUAGGUUGGUGGCAUCUCCUUACUGCUGGGCACGGGGGAACCUUCUGGAGAUGUGGCUCCAGCUUGUUGUGGCAGCUCUUGGGCUGGCCCCUGUCACUGGAGGUGUCCCAUCAACCAGGCGCGUUGUGUAGGAUGACACUAAGCAGAGCUUAGAGCUUUUGCUCCGUUCUUUGGAGAAGGUAAAUCAAAGAGCACCUCUCUGGGUGGUGUUGCAUGUGCCUUGUGUGAAUGAACCUUGUACCACUGGUCAUGGUGAAAGGAGCUUCUUGAUGCCUUUUUUUUGGGGUCACUUGAUCUGAAUGAAUCACUGUGUCAAAUGCACCCUGUGUCUUAAAGUGUGAAAAUUGGAAGCUUGAAGCCACUGGUCUCGGUGUAGAAAGCCCUUGGCUGUCUCUGCCCAUGGAGAUCCUCGGGGCUGGAGGUCUUUGAGCGGUCUGUUCGCCUUGGGUGUUGUCUUCUAUUGACUUUAGAAACUGGAGAGUCACUAACAGGAACCAGAACUGCACAAAAUAUUUCCAUCGGAGAUGGGCGUGAACACUUGGAUGAAAAUUGUGGGUCACUUUAAUAUUAAAAAGAGGCAAACUGUAGCAUAGCGUGGGAGGUGAUGGCUUCCAGUGUGACUUCAGGAGCUAGGGGUCAUACUGGGGGAGCGGUCCCCAGUGCAUCAUCCUCUUCCUCUGGCUGUUUAGCUCUAAUAUUUCUGACUUCACCUUGGCUGUUCUGGGAGAGCUUCACCUCCCGUUUGGAGUAACCCAUGAGUAGCUGGGACACCAUGGAUGUUCCCAGAGGACAGAGCUCGUGGCCAUGGAGCCAUGGGAAGGGUGGUCAUGGUUUUGGCCAGCUGAGCAUCCUGCUUGGAGGGGGAGGUAACAUCCCAUUUUUGGUUGUUAGCCAGAAAAAUACGAGUGUGUCCUGAGAUUUGAGCACACAAAGUCAUUUAAGUCAACCAGGUUUUCUUGGGAACUUUGCCUCAAGCUGAGAGUGGGUGAGGAGCACUUGUAUGUUCAUAGAGCUCUUUGCAGCUUACCCCAGGUAUCUGAUAAAACCAGUCUCCCCAUUCUGCAGCUGGGGACGUGCCCAGUUGGUCUAAUAGUUGCAGAGGUCUCUGAGGUUGAACCGUUUGCUGCUGUACGCGAUGCUGGAUCCCCAGGUGAAAGCCCCUUCGCCGAAGCUGUUGCUCCUCAUCUCUUGUAGGUUUUUGCAUUUGAGAGUUUUUUGCUGCGAGCCUGAAGUUUUUAUUUUAACCUGGGCUGUGAAACAUGUACUGCUGCUUUGUCUGCAACUGAACGCGCAUAUUAUUUAAGGGGGAGGAUGAGUAACUUUGUCCGCAGUUCUUCAUUUGUAUCAUUUUUGCCUGCCUUGGGAUUUAAUGUGUUUUCCCGAAAAUGUAUAUUGAACAACGCAGGAGUUCGUUUGUGAAAUGCUGCUACAGUUGUAUCACUGGAGCUCAAGGAAAAUAAAAUAUUCUGAUAUUUGUCCUUUUA